AUGGACGGACCGGAAGUCAACCGGAGCCUGUGCCGGACGGAUGACGUGUUGAACGGCACCGGCCUCUACGGCGACCUGUACACCAACUGCUCGGCCAGUGACGUCAACUUGACGGACGCCGUCUGCAAGGAUUACCUGAGGGACAGCGCCAACCUUAUGAUCCUGGACCUCGCCAGGGCCCUAGCAGCCAAGAGCUACUACUCCCGUAGCGUGUCCAACUGGCUAGAAUCGCUGACCCAGCUGGACACCAAGAUCAUCCACUCGUUCUUCACACUCAUGUGCUCCGGCCACCCAGACUUUGACCAGAUUAUCUACGAGUCUCUCCACAAGAAUGAUAUCGAUGACGAGUUUGCCGUCAAACGUAUCCUCUACCUGAUCAUCUUACCUGUCCUCAUCGUCGUGGGCACCUUCGGCAACGUCUUCUCCUUCAUCAUUCUCAGACGGAAACAGAUGCUCAAGGUCUCGUCUUACCUGUACUUAGCCGUGCUGGCCAUCAUCGACACCUGCGUGCUGUACAUCGGUGGCCUGCGGCUGUUCCUGCUUCACCUGCUGCAGGUAGACAUACAGGACCUGGGCGACUGGCAGUGUAAGGUCAUCGUGACCUUCAGCUACGUCGUGGCGGACUUGUCGGUCUGGCUCAUCAUCGCUGUCACGGUAGAGAGGUACAUCGUUGUCUGCUUCCCCUUCCGUGCCAGCUCCAUGUGUAACGUGACGAGGGCCAAGAAGGUUAUCUUCUCUUUGUUCCUCUUGUUCCUGGCAUUCAACUCGCACACUUUCUGGACAGUCAGGCUGGACUCUAAAGGAAUCUGCUCACCCGGGGAAGAAUAUAAAUACAUGUACAAUCAUGUUUGGUCUAUGAUCGACUUUAUUGUUUACAGUAUAUUUCCUUUCAUUAGUAUAACAAUCAUGAAUAUACUUAUUAUAAAAGAGGUGGCCUGGGCCAGGUCGAACCGUGUCCUGUUGUCUGGCACCGAGCACGAGAACUCGUCCAGCCACCUGGGCACCUCGUGCACCGGUCACAGACGGUGCAACAUGGGGGAGGGGCCGCGGCUGACCAUCCUCCUGCUGACCGUGUCCUUCACCUUCCUGGUCUUCACCUUCCCCAACAACAUCUUCAUCUCGUUCUCACACGUCUGGAACCAGGCGGAUAGCACGGUCUAUCGCGCCAAGCUGAACGUGGCCCGGGCUAUAGCCGAACUGCUGAUGUACGCCAACCAUUCCAUCAACUUCUUCCUCUACUGCGCCACAGGCAACAAGUUCCGCCAGCAGAUCCUCGAGCUCUGCCGCUGUCUCAGGCGGCGACACAGGGGCAGCAACCACACCACCUUCACCCACACCCACUCCAUCCGCCGCGCCUCCCAGUCCUACAUGGGAGGGGAGGGGGGCGAGGUGAUGGUCACCCUGAAGUCGGAACGCCGGAGGAGCAGCUGUUUGAGCAGUGAGAUCAACGGCGACAGUCACGAGGGUGAGGCCGAGCACUGCCGGGUCCUGUCCGUCAAGCCCCACCACGUCAACGGGAAAACCAAAGCUGGAGACAGCGACGACAACGGGAAUGACCGAAGUUACGGGAAAUCCCGGAACGCGUAUGGGAUUUCCCGGAAUCAUGAGAAGAAAGAUAAACGGAAACAGAACGGGUCAUCGCGACACGGCUUUGGUCCCGCCCACCAGGUGAAAGAUUACGACACGUUGGAUAAGUCACCCAUCGGGUCAGGUCAGGUCAGGGGUCGGGCCAGCAACGGCGGGGGGUGGAAGGUGUACUACAGCAGCAGCAAGAGGAACCGGCCCGCCCCACAGGAACAGAUGCGCCGGACCUUCGGCUCAGUGGACGACAUCAGCCCCAAGGACAAGGAGUACAUCCUGCUGCAGCCCACUAUCAGGUGGUGUGAGGCGUCGGUGCUGUCGUGA